AUGGCCCAGAAAGAGGUUGUAAAUGAUAUGGAGAAGGGUCCAGCGCGACAGCUCAGGGGCAUGCGCGGAACACGGCUGACACGGCCUCGUUGGCGGAUGUGUCUUAGAAGGUAUGCCGCGGCUACUAGCGCAGGGGCGCGCUGGACCGCAGUUGGCGGGGCGCACGGGUGUGGUGCAGGGCUAGCGGGUAGGCAUGGCGCGCGGGCGCUGCAAGCAGGCAAGGCGCACGCUGCGAGGCUUAUUGGGGCCUCGCGCAUGCGCGCUCUUUUGCUGCGAGGCACGCGGCCUCGGCAGUAUUCCAUUGGUAAAGCCUGGGGUUAUUACAAGUACUCAAUUUGUCUGGGAGCUUUUGGAAGCAGAUCCCUCACUACUCUCAACCAUAGGACUCCCAACUUUACUAACACUGGGGAAAAUUUCAUUAACAACUUGAACAAUUGCUAA